AGUAGUAAUCAUCAACCUGUAUUCGCUUUGACUCACGUUUUUUAUUAAGUUAGUAUCUUCAACGAUCAUCAUCAUCAGUGUCUAAUCUUUUAGAACACACACACCUGGGGGACCGCGAUCUCCUUGAAGGUCAUGUAAACUCGUUUAUUUUGAAUUUGAUUGUUUUUAUCUAUUUCUAAUAAUAUAAAUUAUCUGAUGUUAAUAGUGUUUAUUGAUCAUUGUAAGAUAUUUUGAAAUCAAAAGUGAUAAGCAACAUCAAAAGGUAGUUAGUUGUCAAUUCUCAGAGGCGAAAUGUUGCAACUCGUCUUAAUAUUCACAGCAGUAGUCCUCUUCUACUAUUUUGCUAUCAAGCCUAUGAGCUACUGGAAAGACAGAGGAGUAGUACAGUCAAAACCAGUAUGGUUUUUUGGAGAUCAAUGGAAACAAAUAUUCAGACUAGAAAAUAUAUACGAGUUUUUCGAAAGAGGCUACAAGUUGACAGAUGGAAGAUAUGCAGGAAUGUACCAAUUUAAUAUACCAACUUUAAUAAUUAAGGACCCAGGACUUCUGAAGCAAAUUGCCGUAAAAGAUUUUGAUCAUUUUGUAAAUCACAGACCCUUAAUUCCAGAAGGAGGUGAUCCUUUAUGGUCUAAAAAUCUCUUUGCUCUCACAGAUCAAAAAUGGAGAGAUAUGAGACCCGUCCUAAGUCCAUCUUUCACCAGCAGUAAAAUGAAGAUGAUGUACCAGCUCAUGGCCGAUUGUGCCCAAAAUUUAGUAGACCACUUCUCCAAAAUAAACGAAGAAGUUGCAGAAGUUUCAUUCAAGGACGUAUCUACUCGUUUCGCCAACGAUAUUAUCGCUACGACUGCUUUUGGAUUACAUACAGAUUCUUUGAAGAAUAAAGACAAUGAAUUCUAUUUGAUGGGCAAAGAAAUUACGGAUUUUACUUCUGUUAGUUCGGUUUCACGAAUUUUAGGGUUUUUGUUUAUUCCUAGGAUACUUAAGUUAUUCGAUGUUAAGCUGUUCAGUGGUGCAUCACGAAACUUUUUCAUUAAUCUCAUAGAUAAAACUAUAAAAGCAAGAGAAGAACAACACAUUGUACGACCAGACAUGAUCCACUUGUUACUGGAAGCUAAAAAAGGAAACCAUCACAAAGAUGAUCAUAAUGUUACGGAUACAGGAUUUGCCAUUGUUAAAGAUGAACAUUUGGGAAAAGCGCCUACUACAGUUGCAAACGAAAUAACUAACGAAGACAUCACCGCCCAAGCACUUAUCUUCUUCUUCGCUGGUUUCGAUUCAGUAUCCAGUUUGAUGUCGUUUAUGUCAUACGAACUGGCUGUAAAUCCAGAUGUUCAGACCAGACUAAGAGAAGAAAUUGAUGAAGGUUUCCAAGAGUGUAAUGGAAAAUUGAACUACGAGACAAUUAUGAAGAUGAAGUAUUUGGAUAUGGUUACCUCUGAAUCUUUAAGAAAAUGGCCCAAUUUCGCAGGAGUGGACAGAGUUUGCAACAAGGAAUACGUCAUAGAACCCGAACAACCAAACGAACCUCGCCUAGUAAUAGAAAAAGGUACAAUAUUAGUAUUUCCCAUAAUGUCGAUCCAACGUGACCCCAAAUACUACCCGAACCCAGACAAAUUUGACCCUGAAAGGUUCAGUGACGAGAACAAGGAUACCAUCGAUCCCUACACGUUUCUGCCCUUCGGCUUAGGGCCCAGGAAUUGUAUAGGGUCCAGGUUUGCUAUGCUCGAAACUAAAGCAUUGUUCGCGUAUUUACUACACAGCUUUGAAAUCGUUCCGACGAAAAAUUCAACUAUACCGGUGGUGUUGUCCAAGAAAAACUUCAACCUUGCUGCUGAAGACGGUAUGAUAUUAGGACUUAAGAAAAUCAAGAAUCGCUAGAUUAUUGCAUUUUGAUUUAUUAAUAGUUAAUGACAAACUUCUUUUAGGGGAUAGUUAUACUUAUUUUGUAUUGUUAACAAAAAAAUACAUUUUUUUUUAAAAUUUUCACAUUA